UUUUAAUUUCUCUGCAACUCGCUGUACGGACGGCGGAGAUUCUCUGAGUUCAGAUCCCGGUGACUCUUUUUUCUUCCACCAUUGAAGUAAACCCAAGUUCCCAUCAAUAUGUAUCUUUAUAUAGACAUAUAGCUUAAUAUAGUCGUUUGAAUGGAUAGGUGUUUUGAGGAGCAAGCUAGGACUUGAAUGGAGAGAAGAUGAAUUUUGCUAGAUAUUCUUCUUCAGUAGCUUCGGUUGUUCCUGUUCAUGAUAUUUUUUGGAAGAGCCGUUGCAGGUUGCCUUUGAAUAAGUUUCAUGGUAAUUUGACUGGACGAAGGAGGAUACAUAAUUAUAGUCAAAAGCAUUACUUGUGUGCAAAAGCAGAGAUGGUUGUCGAGCAGUAUCUUCCUCCUUGGUUUAGUGUUGCUCCUAUGAUGGAAUGGACUGAUCAUCACUACAGAACUCUUGCUCGGCUCAUAUCAAAACACGCAUGGCUCUACACAGAGAUGCUUGCAGCAGAAACCAUUGUCUAUCAGAAGGAUAAUCUGGACAAAUUCUUGGGAUUUUCUCCCGAACAACAUCCCAUAGUUCUUCAAAUUGGUGGUAGUAAAUUGGAAAACAUUGCAAAAGCAACUGAACUUGCGAAUCCUUACGGCUAUGAUGAAAUUAAUUUUAAUUGUGGAUGUCCAAGUCCAAAAGUUGCUGGGCAUGGGUGCUUUGGUGUUAGUCUUAUGCUUGAUCCUAAGUUUGUUGCUGAAGCUAUGUCAGUGAUUGCUGCUAACACAGAUGCCCCUGUCAGUGUUAAAUGUCGAAUCGGCGUUGAUAAUCGUGAUUCAUAUAAUGAGCUCUGUGAUUUUAUUUACAAGGUUUCUUCUCAAUCACCAACCAGGCAUUUUAUAAUACAUUCACGAAAGGCACUUCUCAAUGGCAUUAGCCCAGCUGAAAAUCGAAGCAUUCCACCUCUCAAAUAUGAGUAUUUUUAUGGCCUCUUGCGUGACUUUCCAGACCUAAGAUUUACCAUAAAUGGGGGCAUAACCGGUGUCGAUGAGGUCAAUGCAGCUAGAACGGAGGGAGCCCAUGGUGUAAUGAUUGGACGGGCAGCAUAUCACAACCCAUGGAAUGUUUUAGGACACGUCGAUACUGCUGUUUAUGGUGCACCAAGAAGCAAUGCCACACGUCGUCAGAUUAUUGAGAAGUAUCAAGUAUAUGGUGACUCUGUUUUGUGGAGAGAUGGACGUAGACCAAAUGUUCGGGACGUGGUGAAGCCUUUACUUAAUCUUUUCCAUGCUGAACCCGGGAAUAGUUUGUGGAAGCGCAAAGCAGAUGCUGCUUUCCAAACUUGCACGACUGUCAAGUCAUUUUUUGAGGAAGCCUUGGUAGCAAUUCCGGAUUUCGUAUUGGAUAAACCAAUAGCUGAGCUGCCUCCGCCUGGCCGUGAAGAUCUUUUCGCCAAUGUGCAGAGUUUGUUGCCGCCUCCUUGUGAAUCUCAGUCAAGGGAAGAAGAAAUGAUGUAUGCCUAGUUUGCCAUUUAAUUAUACUUUGCACAUUCAUUCAACAUGGAGAAAAUGUUCAAUAGCUUAUUAUUCACUGCAUUUUUUGGGACCCAAAGGCUGAUUUGGUCCCCUAUAACAACACAUAAAGUUGGAUUUAUUAUUUUUUUUCAACUGUUAAUUUACAUUAUAAAUUAAUGAAACAUUCUUAAAAUUUUGUAUCCAAUAAA